GACAACCAACGAAUGAUUUCCAGGCUCGUGGAAGAGUUGCGUCUCCCCCAAGCCAGACUUACCUAGGAGCUCACCCUUGCAACCCGCAACCGGCUUUCGACGAAUACUUCUUCUUCUUUCUUGCUGACGCAACACCCAACCAAUACCUACAAGACGACACGCAACAUGUUGUAGCGAGCAAAAAGAGACCGAAAUUCAUCUCCGGACAUGAACAUUACUCCCGAACGACCGCACGAAGAAUCGACACAUGGUGGUGGCGGUGAUGAUGGAGGAUGCCUGAGCUACUAUGGUCAUGACGACGACCACGCUGGCGGAGGGGGAACACUGAGCUACAACCUCCACGACGAUGACGACCACGAAGGCGGCGCACUCCAGCUACUAUCGCCCGCACCGAUCACUCUCGAGGACCACACGGUGACUCCAGGCGAGAACACGGCCGGCCUCUGGGCCCGGCGCGCCCAGGUCGUCGACUACGCCAUCGUGUCCGGGAGCAGGACCCGAGCGGGUGCGUAUGUGGCGUGGAACUGUCUGAUCGAGACGUUCGAGGGCGCUCAGUUCACCGUUCGCAAACGAUACUCCGAGUUCUUUCUGCUCCAUGAACAGUUGAAGUCGACGUUUCCUCGGUCCGUCAAGUACUUGCCGGAGCUGCCUCCGAAGAGUGUGAUAUCCAAAUUCCGCCCAAAGUUCCUCGAGUCGCGCCGACAAGGCCUAUCGUACUUCCUAUCCUGUAUUUUGCUCAAUCCUCAGUUCGCCGGCUCGCCGCUGGUCAAGGACUUUUUGUUGCAUUCUUGAUACCUACCGCUUUCACUCCUUACUCGACGUGACGAUGGGGAUGGGGUGUUCAAGUCCCACACCUUUGUCGCGCAGUGUCAUGUAACUUAAUGUCUAGUCGUUCGAUGCAUUCUGGCGUUCGUUUAUUUGUGGUUUUUGCAGUCGAGAUUCUCAGUCGGUUCGGUCAAUGUGUUUAUUUUCUUUAUUUUCUCUCUUUCGCAUCGUGCCGAUAUUCCAUAGAUGGUCGUCUCCUCUCUCGGACGGAACCACUCAGUGCGCGCGGACGGGGCCCCCAGCACCUGCAUAAUGAAAUAGAAUACUUGCCAGACGCUUGGAUUCGAUCGAGCGAGUCGGAGUCGUUGCGUGAAGCUUAGAUUGCCCUCCCCUUUGUUCCCGUUCCUCAAGCGCAUAGGCAGGCGG